AUGAGCCAAAAUGGGGACACGCCGAGUAGCCCCCGUCGCACGUGCGGCAACCACGAGGGGGAUGACCAAAAUGAGGAAAACGAAAAUGAAAACAGGGAGGAAACUGGCAGCAGGAGAAGCGGAAACAGAAAUGGUGACCACCGCAGCGGAAGCAGCAACGGUAACAACAAUGGCAAUAGCGACGAUGAGGGAGAUGAGGAUGGGGAAGACGAUAAGGAGGAAGAAGAAAAUGAUGAGGAAAAUGAUGAAGAUGGUAAGAAGAAGGACGAAGAUGGCAAGCGAGAUGGUCAGGGGGAAAAAGGACCGGCCAACCCUUCUGACGUUACCGCUGAAGAGAGUGGCGAACAAAAGGGCGAGCCAAACGAUGCAGGCGAUGCAUGUGGGAAGGCAAAAGGAAAGGAAAUAAAACCGGAAGCAGAUGAUGUUAAAAAUGGUGCUACGGAUAUGCAGAGCGAUUCAAUUCAAGGAGAUACAAACGGUAAUGAAGAAGAGGGUGAAGGUGUCAAGGUAGACCCAGUGGAUGAAGACAAAAACGAAUUAGCUGGUCACCGUAGUGCAGGGGAGGAUCGGCUCAAUAUCAACAUGGCUGAUGCUGACGCGCGGGGGAGCAGCGAAGCGGAGAGGGCAGAUAACGAGGAAAAACAAAAUAACAUCAAAAAGGACAUCAGAGAGGAAGCAAGGAACUCCGAGGGGGAUCGCAAUGCUGGCAUGGAAGCCCACAUCGGUAGCAACUGCAGGAGCAGCCGCUCAGGUAGCGGUGGAGGCAGCGGCCAACGGAAGGACCAAACCGGGAAAGACGAAGAGGGGAAGAAAAACCUCCGAAUGAUGAACAAGAUGCUGAAGAACCUCUCCUUCAUGUCAUUCAACACGGGGUUGCUGGAAUACAAAAUAUGCGGUGUGUGCAUCUACCAGAACCCACCAUUUAUUUCCAACCGGUUGCUGCACAUUCCCUUUGCUUUAAAAAAAACAAAUGCAGACAUCAUAGCGUUGCAGGAGGUAUACGAUGAGAAGCACGUGGAGUAUUUAAAGAACCACCUGGCGGCCAACUACCCAUUCUGUGCAAGGGACAACUAUUGCAGUGAUGCCUUUAAGGAAAGGUUCAGCGAUGUGAGUGUCGCAAGGGAGGACGAAUUUGAUGAGGGUAGUAGGGAGGAUGGAAGUGACAGCCCAGGUGGUAGAGACGACCUAAGCGGCAGAACCCCUAACAGUCACGAAAAUGGCAAGCGAACCGGAACGAGCGCCAACCACCCUAACGGAGGAAACAAAAAGGAAUCGCGUGGCAGAAAAAAGAAAUACUUUGCCCUUCACCACGGAUUACUCGUAUUCAGUAAGUACCCAAUUAUCUACUCCUUUUUUCACGGGUUCAAACACGUAACUUAUCUGGAACAUUUUUUUGGGACGAAAGGAUUCCUAGAGGUCAUCAUUGACGUCCCUUUUUUUAGCUACAUUACUUUGGUCAAUAUGCAUCUAGCUAGCGGUGCUGCAGACACAGAAUCUAAGUACAUAGAACGGGUUCGAGAUUUCGAAAUUAAGCAAAUUAUGGAAAUAGCUAGAAAUGCGGAGAAAAGAAAUACCAUCCCAAUAAUUAUUGGGGAUCUGAAUGCUGCUCCCAAUUUGUGCCCAAAUAAUUAUUCCUCCUUCAUUAAAAGGGGGUGGAAGGACGCUUGGCUUUAUGCCAGGAAUGUCAAAAAGAAGAAAACAAAGCAACUCAUAGGGAAGGCAUUACCCCGCCUGCAGAAGAAGAAGCCGCGUACAGUUUCGCCCCACAGUUGCCACUCACUCGGUCAGUUAUUCCCCGGGGUUGGUGGCGCUACCAGGGACCUCGCCAAAAGGGAGCCCAAAAAGGUAGAAGGGGAAGAAGGGGAAGAAAGAGAAGAAAAUCACCCCAGCCGCAAUGACCCAGAGGGAGUCAAAAGUAAACGUGAAGCGAACCCAACCAGCGGCAUCACCAAAAAGGACAACACUUACAGUAACCAUUCGGCGAAUGCACAAACGAGUGUCUACCUUGAGAGGCCACCCGUGGAGAAUAAAAUGGACGCAAAAAAUGAUGAACUAGGCAGCAGCAGUUCCUUGCGCGUUUUCCCCAGUUCUAACUGCUCGGUCAACAACGACAGUGUAGUUUACCCUAACUCAGGGAGAACUCUCUCUACCUUUUGCAAAAAUGUAGAGUCUUACGAUAGCAUGUGUCAUAGGGAGCGGCACACGAGGGGAAGGGAGAAAUGGGACAUGGGUGACGACUCCGUAGAAUGUCACCCAUCGGUUUGUUCUAGCGGUGCCAAUUUGAGGAGUCACGCAGGUGAAGUGGGCAAAAUGAAUAGUACCAUAAAUAAUGGUGCGCUAAAUAAACACGUGCAAUUUGGCAAUGGUCUGCAAAGGAGGUACCCCGGAUGCGCCUUCCAUGCGAUGAUUGCGCGUAGUAGGAGACGUACAGCGACGGGCGCGCCCUCUAAGCGGUUGCUCAUUCCUAGUAAGAAAGUCGCAAAAACGGUUACAAAGAUUAUCUGGAGAAGAAAAGGAAAAUUUCCCCCCUCGAGCUACAAGAUAGUGAAGCGUCAUCAUAGAAAAGGGCGCACCAAAGGAUGCCACCAAAGAGAGCAUCUUCCCCAUGUUAUGCGAAUUCCAUCCAGUGGAAAAAAUGACGCACUUGAAAGGGUUGACCAAAUGGACCCGUCACAAAGAAGCGACACUCCUCACUGUAGCAUUGUCCCCAAUUCGAGUAUUGCCAGUGGGAAGGAUACCCCUUCGGAUGUAAUUCCAGAGCGAAAGGGGGAAGCACACAUGUCCACUGACGAAGUGAAUUAUGGACAGGUGUCCUCCCUGAGCAGUUUGGGAAACGGUGUGGUAAAUAAUCAGGAAGGAGACCACAAUUUGGUAGAAGGCAUCCCCCACGUGGACAAAGCACAAGAUGACCUUUUUAACCCCUCUGCGGGGCAGCAAAAUGGCCCCAACUGCUGCGCAUAUGAGAGAGAUAAUUGGAAGAAAAAGGAGAGACAAAGGAACAUGCAAAGUUGCUCCACCUGUGAUGUGUUCAAAAAGGAAGACAAAAUCGGUAGUAGCAUGGUAACCCCGAAAUGCACUCUACGCAGCAAGAGCGAUGGAGAGAGGUUGAAGAUCCACAGGGAGGAAGACGAGGGAGAAUACCAUGCCGCACCAAAUGUACAUCACCACUAUAACAGCGACCAGAAUUUAUUCUCCAGUGACAUAUCAAGUGAGAGCAACCACUCAUAUACGGAUCUGUAUGAUGAUGAGGAGGAGGCCAACUGGUUCAGUGACCGAAGUUCCAAUGCGUCAAGGAAUGACCUCCACGAAAGAACCGAAGUGGGGGUUCCCAUCGAGGUGCAGCCCAGAGGGGUGCUCAACCGCAUGGCAAAAGAGGCAUUCACAAAUGGAGACACAACGGAAAAGGAACCAGAGACGAUAAAAGAACUUCACUCCUCGGGAGGUAACCAGCUGACUGAUAGGCACUGCACAAAAGGGGAAGAUAAAAUUAUUACGCCAUGUGUACCACCUCCUGAAAUGGGAGAAGAACACAGGAGAGUCGUUUCUUCUCCCCUUUAUCAUUCUAAAGACACUGCCCAGGUGAGCAUGUCGAAUGGGAAGGCAGAUGACGCCUUGACCUAUUCCCAGUUGUACAGCGAAAAAGACUCCAAGCUGAGUGGGACAACCAGCUUCUACACAAAUCAGCUAAAUGGUCAGAAGGAAAAAGUGCACAAUGUGGAUGAGAAUUGUGAAGACAAACUGAAGACACAAAAAUUUUGUGGCCCUUUUUUGGAAGAGGAAUUCGCUCGGAGGGGGGAACCCCACGGGGAAGACUCUCUGCUGAGUGAAGUGGGCACGAGAAGGAACUGCAAUGAUUGCAAUGUUGCAGAUGCUAGCCGCAAAAACGGCGCAAACGAAAACAGUUGCCACGAUAAGGUGGAGAGCCUACCAUACGCAGGCACCCACCCCGCUGAAGAAAACGCCAAUGUCAAUACGAACGAAAAGAAGAAGAAGAUUAGCAAGCUAGCCAAGAAAAUAAAACAAAUGAAAAAGAAACUCUUUUAUAACAUUCUGAGGAAUUAUGAGACGCACCAUGAUGGCGGGGUUGAAAGGAAGAUGCCCUUGAAGGGGAAACAGGGCGAGCUGCAAAAGGCGAAGCAGGAGAGAGGAGAGGGAAACCCACUUAACCCAGAUGACGUCAAGCGAAAGGCCGAAAAAAACCAUCACCUCAUUGCUUCCCUCAAAGAGAGGGAGCUCACCGAGAAGGAAAUCAUCUGCAAAGGGGAGCCACCCCCAGCGGAAGAUCACUCACCCAGAAGUGACGUAUCCGAAUCGCUAAAAAACGAAGGGACAAAUGAGAAAGGGGAAAAUAAGAGCGGAAAAUUCCUGCACUUCACCAAAAAAUGGUACCACAGUAAAACCCAAGAAGCGCUGAAAAAAGACGUCUUCUAUUUCAUUAAAAAGUUAAAAUUUAAAACGACAAACAAGUUAAAGCAGAAGUUUCGUACGUGUGCAAAGAAUGUAAAGGGCAGUCUGAGUGAAGAAAAGAGUCUUGUGCUAAUGGAGAAGGAGCAGAAGGGUAAACCACCACUGGUUCACAACAAAUGCCCCUUCGUCCAGAAUAAUUCGGACCCCCCAAGGUCCCUCAGUAGCAUAAAACUGGCAGAGGAUUUUAUAAAAAUGUGUGAGUGUGCUCCGCUGGCAAAAAGGGAAAAGAACCAAGGGAGUAAAAACUACAAUCGGGGGAAGGCACCAACUAGGGAGGCUCCAGAAAAUUACCCACAGAACAAAAAAGAUUUCACUUUUAAAGGAAGGCAGAGAGAAGAAAAGGAGAGACAUCCCUUGGGGGAGAACAUCACUGAAGGCAGAAUCUCCUUCGAUAACCACACCUGUGUGGGCCCCAAUCCUAAUUCGUCUAAAAAUAAAAAAUGUACACAUGAGUGCCACCGGGUAGACGACGAAAAACCCAACCAGGGACAGCUGCACAACAAAAUGAAUCUUAAUAUAAAAAAUAAAAACGUUUGCAAUUUGAGAAACGAAGAUAACAUUUCUAGUGACGAAUUUACGUGGGACCCCCUAAACCCGCUGAAUGUCAUCGGGCCCCAUUCCAGGUGUAACGGACUGAGGUGCGAUUAUAUUUUUUUCCCUCCCAUCAGUUACAACAAGGGAAAGGGCGCCAGGGGGGGAAAGAACGCCACGGCUGAAAAGGGGAAAGUUCGCCAAAAGGGCAAGCCAAAUGCAGCAGAAAAGACGGAUGAGGCGUGCAAGAUGGGCGCGGUUAAAUCCCAGCCAAGUGUACACAUAACUGAAAUGCAUGACGAUGAACAAUUCGUGAUGGGUCGGGGGAAAACCCCAAUGCGAUCAGACGUGUCCUUCAAUCCACUUGGUGCCAAUCGAGAAAGUCAGACGUGCUCCAAUCCCGUUUGGAACACGCAGAGUGAUGCCUUCACCGCGACAUGCAAGGGACGGGACAGACAGGAUGACCACCAGGCGAAGGGGAAACGAUACGAAGAAACUCUCAAUCUAAAAAAAUAUAAUGACCUAAAAAUUUUGAAGCAUUACUAUAUUAAGAGUGCCAAGAUACUUUUUAACGAACCCUCCGUCAUGGUCCACACGUACAGGAAUUACAAAAACUUCAAUUGCUGCUACUCCUUUUGUAUGAAAAUAAAGAACGUCCAUUUUGUGACCAUGUCUGACCAUUAUGCUAUUAAGAUAGAUUUGAGACUAAAAAAGAAUCACAAGUUUGUUCCGAGCAGUUAG